GUUAUUAAAAGUCUGCAAUGUUAACCAGUCCGUUUAGCUACCUCGAUCAUGUUGGUGGUGUGGUGUACAGUAUUUAUAAUUCACACAACAAUGUUCUGCAGAUAAAGUAUUGGUCACAGAGCGUCACCCGUCAUCGAUGUGUUACAUCUGUGUGUGUCGAGUGAGUGCUGCGAUUGGCAAGUGAAACUAAUUAAUUGUGAACAAUAAAUGAUUGCUUACCGAUCGAGCAUGACGCGUUUUGAAUGUCCUUCAUGCUAUUUGCUUCUACACACUAUUGUUGUAGUUCUAUCCUAUAGCGUUCCCAUCAAUUUAUUGGCUCCCAUGACAGAAAAAUAUACUCUACCCUCAAAAAUGAUAACAUACUGCUGGUUGAAUAAUAAAUGGGGGUCAUGUCCAGAAAGCAAGCCCAGAUCUCUAUACUCGGGCGCUGCGAAAACCACAUCGCUUAUUGGUAAUUUACAAAACACAAAUUUUGCCACGGUACCAACUUUUGGAUAUCUCAGUAAAUAUAAUAAUUUUCCAAAACCUUUUCAUUAUGCAUCAAAGAUCACACAGUUGGGCAAUAGUCGCGAAGGUUUUCGGACAAAUAAUGAGGACAGGACGCACAGUUUAGCAUUAAUAAAUAAAUCAAGACCGGGGUUGGCUAUAAACCUCUCGCUGAAUGAAAAUGUACAAAAUAACAAGAACCUAACUGGUUUAAAUCUUCCCUCUUCUUACAAUAUACACAAGUUCUUGCAUACCUUAGAUCAUCUUGAAAGAGUGUUUUAUUCAACAACUUUUGCCAAGCUAUCUUCAAUUAGUCCUCCUGAUAGGAGACAGAAUGGAAUUAGUUUUGUUUUGUCUGGACUGUUUUUACAAAUAGCUUUAAUCGCCAUAUCGACUGAGGUUGAUCCAGCCACGAGGAAGGAAAUUGAUAAAACGUCAGGAUUCCACGUAUCUGAUCAGAUAAAAACAAAAGCUUUAAGCACUAUCACGUCAUGGCUGCCUGGUACGAGUAAGGACUUCACAUUUCGGUGGGCGAUGAGAAUAGUUCUGCCGAGGGGCUUGGAACUUAGUGAUGAAUUCACCCGAGGACCAGCUUCAGCUUUACGACUCAAAGUAAAUCACAUAGACGUAAACGAAACAACUGAAGCUAUAAUGCAAAAACUAAACCACAUGAUAGAAGUUGAUUCGGGUGGAGCAAUGCGUGAUACUUUUGAUGAGGAAGAUCUAUCGAAUGGAAUUUGUGCGGUGCUCAUGACGAGCAUGUACGUGCGGCCGCGGUGGCGCGCCUCACCCACGCUGUUGAACGACUCUUACCCAUUCCGAGAUGCUGACGGAGCACCCAACAGAACCACACGAAUGAUACGGAUAAAUGAUAUAAUGCGAUACGCCGACCUCACUGAAUGGGAUGCUGAAGCAUUAGAAAUCAAUUAUUCCACUCCUGGCUUAACGUUCUUCAUGUUGAUUCCUCGGGGAAGAUCGCUGAGAAGCAUCGCAGCGCACAUGUCUGUCACAAACAUAAAGCACAUAUCAGACAGAAUGCGGACCGUGCGGGUAGCGGCCGCAUUGCCGCUUUACACGCUGCGAAUGACGUUGCUCCUACCGGGUAAAUUAAAGAGUAUGGGUAUUUCAAGACUAUUGUACAAUACAACGUGUGACGGUUUAAAGCUGUCCCAUGGCGUACAACGUAUAAUGUUCUGGUCGGAGGCAGGACGCUAUGCCUACAAAGAUGACGGUAUAGAAUGGGACGAUCCCCCGGUGCUCAACAUUACGAUAGACCGCCCCUACAUGUUCUUUGUCCAGUGGCAGAAUAUAACAAUUUUAAAUGGAAAUUUUGUGCUGUGACAAGUGAUUCCUUUUAUUAUAAAGAUACUAUUAAA